AUGUCAGAGCAGGACAUAGAUUAUCAAUUCUAUCCCACCCAGAAUUUCGCUCUCUCUUUACAAACAGACUCAGCGUUACAUGAUCAGCUCGAAGAAGACAAUGCGAGAGAAUGGCAACCAUCCAUAUCUCUACAAUAUCAUUUUGAUGAAGCCAAUAACGUUUAUGAGGAGAAUCAAGAGCCUGACUUUAUAUAUAACUCAGAACCUGUAGACUUAGCUUUCCAUUUGGACGCCACCGCUCCUGAAGAAUCUCAAACCUUUCAAUAUAGUUCUAGUGCAGAAGAUGGUUUUGGACAGUCUUGCUCAAAUAUUCCUCUCAUAGGAGAAGAUAAUCAAACUUAUUACGAAGUUAUAACUAAAGCUCAUUGUAUCGAUUGUGAUAAACUAGUAGAUAUCAAAAAAGACACACAUAAUGAAUCAAAUUGUUGCCUCAAAAAGAAAUUCGGGUGUUCCACAUGUGGACAACGGUUUAAUUCGCCUCAUAACUUAGCUGUGCACGAAAUCGUCGAUCAUUUGCGUUUGGAAAAAUUUGUUGCGGGUCAGGAUUGUCGCUUCUGUGAUGGUCCAAACAAAAAGAAAAAAAGCUUUCAAAGAUUCCAUUCCUACAUAGCUCAUAUUAAAACUCAUAUUAGGUCUGAUGUCUUCCAAUGUACUUAUUGUAAUGAGGAGUUCAAUUUCCCUGAAUUGUUCCAAAGACACAAACGGCUACAUCACGCCACCAAGCGAGAAAGAGAAAGAAGAGGAUUUUCUAACGAGGUUGGAUUUUGUCCGAAGUGCAAUAAGUUGUUAGAAAUGGAAAAAGUGGAUUCUCAUCGUCUUGUACAUUCAUUACACACGAAAAUAGAUAGGAAAAGAACAGCGAAGGUGAAAGAGGAAACUGAAACUGAGCUGAAAAAGAAAAAGCUUGCUUACACUUGUACAGAAUGCUCCAAGUCUUUUCGACGUCCUGCCGAACUGAAGCGACAUAAAGCAGUCCACGAAAAAAUCGCUUGUUGGUCUUGUAGUAUCUGCGAGAAAAAGUUCGCUCACAAAUCGGGAUUGCUUAGUCAUCGGAAGAAAGUCCAUUCAGAUUCGGCUACCACCAAAGCGCAUGUCUGCAAAAUAUGUGAUCAGACUUUCACCAAGCCAUUCAAUUUGGAGCGUCAUGUGAAACGAAUACAUCCAUUAGAAAGUAAUCGAGUCUUGUUUGACUGUGCAUCUUGUCCUUGUCAGUUCUCGAAUCAAGCUUCUCUUAGGAGGCAUGCUGCUAAAGCUCAUGGAACGAAAUCUUCUACAUCACUUUCUUGUGAUAUGUGCUCUCUUGUAUUCAGUAAGAAAUCUGCUUUGAUAAGACAUAAGAGUGUUCAUGUUGUUAAUGAGGAAGACAAACCUUUCAAAUGUAAUCGUUGCUCACGGAGAUUCAAAUUGAGAUCUUCAUUAAAGCUUCAUCUUGAUUUGCAUGCUCGAAAAGAUAUAGACGAUCCUGUUCUAACUGAUCCAAAAUGUACCAUCUGUUUACGCCAUUUUUCUUCCGAGGCCAACUUAAGAAAGCAUAUGUUGGUUCAUGAAAGCAGCUAUGAGUGUCGGGAUUGUGGCUUACAUUUCGCGACUAUCCACAAGCUCGAUCGACAUAGAUGUACUCGUGUUCCAAGCGACGCCGACGUGAUAAGUGUUAUGGAUCUAUCCGGGAAUAAUGCUGUGACCAAGCGAACGACAAACAGUGUCAAUUUAAAGAAACCUUAUGAAUGCAAGCAGUGCUCAGCUUCUUUCUAUUCCUUCAAAGCUCAUAAAGAACAUAAAGCUUGGCAUCAGGGCUUGAAGCCUCACAUUUGCUGGACUUGUUACAAAUCUUUCAGGACGAUAGAGCUACUCCGUAGUCAUCGUGAAAUUCAUACUCGAAUACCGAUCGACUGUGAGUUUUGUCCGAUGGUCCUUUCUGGAAGAGUGCAUUAUGGAAAUCAUAUCAGAAUUUGUCAUCGAAACCAUCAGCAACAUCAUAUUGAGAGUUCGACUAGCUUCCCUGAACCAGAUAGAGCGUUAACUAAUUAUUCUGCACUCUCCUACCCCGUCUCGGAAUUCACUGGUCGCGAGUUGGCGGAAGGUCUCUUCAUCAACAGAGCCCAGUCGGUUGAUCCAAGUCAUCAUGCGGCUUCUUAUAAUUUGAAUAUCGAUGUUGCACUGCCAGAACCAAUUGAUGAUGCACCCGGAGAAGUCAUCGAAGAAACCACAAACGAUAGGGCCACUCGUUGUCCCGUUUGCUAUCAUUUGUAUGACUCCAUCGCACAGUUGACAACUCAUCUUCACAACACUGCGACGGAAAGCCAACAUUCUGCAACUGUCAUUAACUGUCCUUUGUGCCAAUGCAAUCUCCAUGGAUCAGCAGAAGCUGCUGAACACUUACGAGACUCUCAUCCUUAUGUAAGAUCUCCUAUUGAUGAAAUCCAGCCUGUCACUUUCUCGUCUUUCUUGCCUGAGUUGAAACCCAGCAUCAAUCAAGUCGUUGAUAGGAGGACGGAUGUCAAGAAGUAUGCUUGUACGCAAUGUAGGUUUUCAUUCACACGUAGAUCUGAUCUGGAACGGCAUAUUCGGACCCAUACAGGGGAAAGACCAUUCAAAUGUGAUGUUUGUGACAAAUCGUUUACCGUAAAGAGUACCUUGAAAGUUCAUAAGAAGGUUCACGAGAAAGUUGCUCCUCAAGAGCAAUGUGCCAUCUGCAAAGAGAACUUCUUUACCAAAAACGCCCUGACUCUUCAUCUGAGAAUCCACUCAGGCGAGAAACCUUUGCAAUGUCACUUCUGUGAGGAAACAUUCAGAACAAGUAGUCUCCGACAGUCGCAUGAGGCAUCUUGUCAUGAGCAGUCGAAGAGGCCAAGGAAAAAUUUCGUUACUACCACCACCAUCAAAACACCUCAAAUACUUCCACGUGUACCUACAGCGGAGCUCAUCGUCAUUCCACCUCCAAGGCCUACAAAAUCCGAUAACAUAGUCAUCGCCGCUCCAGUAUCCGAGGAAGAUGACUCGAAGCCUAAUCUCUAUCCCGUUAAGAGUUAUCCUGUCAAUGUUGUCAAGAAGAGUUUGGUGGAAACUAUGGCUCAGUUCUCGAAAGUGGGAUCAGCACCUCUGCAAGCAACCAAAGAAAGCGCCUUCGAGCCAACACCUCAUGACCUUCUCGAUCAGUUCGAGGAACCUAAUUUCACCAUUUUCAUUACGGCUAAGCGUUUGUCUGAAACAGAAUACUUAGUGAAGUUUUCCCGUGAGCCACAGGCUAUCAGAGAUGGAAUCGAUACUACUGCUUCCAUCUUACUUUCGAAUUUGGUAGAUCUUGCUGAUCAGAACUACAGCAUGCGCAUUGAGCUCAUGGAUAACCAACAGCUGAACAUUCAACCAAAAAGUACCCUACAGGCUCUCCAAGGAUUCCAAGAACCAAUUGUCUUCCAUGCUCAUCCGUAUAAUCAGUUCGAUGAUUGUUGUGUUGCAUUACUGCCUCCUAAGCCUGUUGACUUCUGCAGACGGUGUGAUGUAUGUGAAAUAGACUUGCCUACCCAAACUCUCAGCGAUCAUCACUUCGCUUCUGAAGAUCAUGAAGUAGCUCAUACCGCAAGGACUGUGGAUCCCUUAGCUGCUAUGGAACAGCCGCAGCAAGUUAAUCCCACCCUACCUUUCGCCAAUCCACGGGUUGACAUGACCGCCUACACAUGCAAAUUGUGUGGAAGGGAGUUCCUGGAUUUAGAUCCUCUUGUUGCACAUAUCAAAAGAGAGCACGAACGAGAACAUCCCCACACGUUCGGAGCCUCUCGACUCGCAGUUCGUACUGCUCCUCCUUUAGAAGGAGGACGGUAUGAUAGCAGUCGCUAA